CUUCAGACACACAGGAGAGAGAAAAUUGACAGGGUAAGAGAGAGAAGCAGAGGAAAGAAGGGUAAGAGAGGGGCAGCAAGGGAAGAGAGUGUUUGUGUAGUAGUCUCACAUGUCUUCCAUGCCGUUGGGGCCGCACCAGCACCAACCGCUGGCGGCGGUGGCAGCUCCCCAACCUCCAGCUCCGUUGCCGGCGCAAGCUGAGAAUGACAAGGAAAUGUCGGCUGCAGUUCUUGAGGGGAACGAUGCAGUCACUGGCCACAUAAUCUCCACCACAAUUGGAGGGAAAAAUGGUGAACCUAAGCAGACCAUCAGUUACAUGGCAGAGCGUGUUGUUGGCACUGGUUCAUUUGGAAUUGUUUUCCAGGCAAAGUGUUUGGAGACUGGGGAAGCAGUGGCUAUAAAGAAGGUCUUGCAGGAUAGGCGUUACAAGAAUCGUGAGCUGCAGUUAAUGCGCUUAAUGGAUCACCCAAACGUCAUUUCCCUGAAGCACUGUUUCUUCUCUACAACAAGCAGAGAUGAACUUUUUCUCAAUUUGGUUAUGGAAUAUGUCCCUGAAACAUUGUACCGAGUUCUAAAACACUAUACUAGUAUGAACCAAAGGAUGCCUCUCAUCUAUGUGAAACUCUAUACAUAUCAAAUCUUUAGGGGACUAGCAUACAUCCAUACGGUACCAGGAGUUUGCCAUAGAGAUGUGAAACCUCAAAAUCUUUUGGUUGAUCCUCUCACUCAUCAAGUUAAGCUUUGUGAUUUUGGAAGUGCAAAAGUUCUGGUCAAUGGUGAAUCAAACAUUUCAUACAUAUGUUCGCGUUACUAUCGGGCUCCAGAACUAAUAUUUGGUGCAACAGAAUACACAACGUCUAUUGAUAUUUGGUCAGCUGGUUGCGUCCUUGCUGAGCUGCUUCUGGGUCAGCCAUUGUUUCCAGGAGAAAAUCAGGUGGACCAGCUUGUGGAAAUCAUCAAGGUUCUUGGUACUCCAACUCGAGAAGAAAUUCGUUGCAUGAACCCUAAUUACACAGAUUUUAGAUUCCCUCAGGUUAAAGCUCAUCCGUGGCACAAGGUUUUCCACAAGCGAAUGCCUCCUGAAGCAAUUGACCUUAUAUCAAGGCUUCUCCAAUAUUCGCCUAGUCUGCGCUACACUGCGCUGCAAGCAUGUGCACAUCCUUUCUUUGAUGAGCUCCGGGAGCCCAAUGCACGACUACCCAAUGGCCGCCCACUGCCUCCACUUUUCAAUUUCAAACAGGAACUGUCUGGAGCAUCGCCCGAAUUGAUAAGUAGGCUCAUCCCAGAGCAUAUUAGGCGGCAGAUUGGUCUCAGCUUCCCUCAUCCCACUAGUACAUAGGUGUAAAAAGAUAUCAAAGGAGUCAGCUAUUCUGGCAAUCAACACGUAAUGAAAGGAUGGCCUGUAGGUUAUGGCCCAAUAUUCUUCAGAGUUCCUCCUCCUAUGAAGAUGAAAGCGUGUACUGGCUGCUCAGCAUUACCUGGAAAUCGGUUCUUCUGUCUAUCAGUUUAGUUAUAGAAAACUAUUCCCUGCGUCUGUACAUUGUUUUUGAUCAGAUUCCAGAAAGCUAGGAGUACAAAAUGGAUCGUGUUUAUAUAGGUAGGGGUUGCGAGAGCCCACCAAAUGUUGAAGGGCCUCGGGUGGUAUUAGUUCCGCUUGGUUUUUACAUAAUCAUAGUCAAUGUUGUGUUCAUGCUUUGUCCUCUUGCUUAUGACAAUAUCUCGGUUCGAAACCAGAUUUAUCUUUUAAUUAUUUAUUUAUCCUGUA